GAUGCUUAAUGUUAAAAAAUAACAUGACUACAUGGUGUGCAAUGCAGGGUUCUUGCUGGACCCUUUGCUACUAUGAUAUUAGGAGAUUUAGCUGAGGUGAUUAAAGUUGAGCGACCAGGCUCAGGAGACAACACAAGAGCUUGGGGCCCUCCAUUUGUGGGUGAAGAGAGCACUUAUUUUCUGAGUGUGAACAGGAACAAAAAGAGCAUUGCUGUUAAUUUUAAAGAUCCAGAGGGCACCAAACUUGUAACUGAGCUUGCCAAAAUCUGUGAUGUUCUGGUGGAGAAUUACUUGCCCGGGAAGCUGAAUGAGAUGGGACUUGGGUUCGAGGAGUUGAGUAAAGUGGCCCCUCAGCUCAUCUAUUGCUCUGUAACAGGAUAUGGACAGACGGGCCCCGAGUCACACAAGCCUGGAUAUGACUCCAUUGCAUCUGCGGUGUCUGGUAUGAUGCACAUCACUGGUCCUGAGGAUGGAGACCCAGUCAGACCAGGUGUUGCAAUGACAGAUCUGGCCACUGGUUUAUACACUCAGGGAGCCGUCAUGGCUGCUUUGCUUCAGCGACAGAAAACAGGACGAGGCCUUCAUAUAGACUGCAGUCUUCUGUCUUCACAGGUUGCUUGUCUAACUCACAUCGCUGCCAAUUACCUCAACGCUGGUAUCGAAGCCAGACGAUGGGGAACUGCCCACGGGAGCAUUGUCCCUUAUCAGGUUCAUACAGGAGACAACUGGAGAGUGGUUGAGACGGUUCGAAGGCACCGGUGUCCCCUGUGGCCCUAUCAACAACAUUCAGCAGGUGUUCGCCAACCCUCAGGUUGCUCACAAUGGCCUUAUUUUGGAAAUGGACCACCCAACAUCAGGAAGGAUAGCAGUGCCAGGCCCUGCUGUGCGCUUCAGUAGUUUUGAGUCCAGCAAUCCAAUGCCACCGCCUGUGAUCGGACAGCACACAGUCCAGGUUCUCAGAGAAAUGCUGGGCUACAGCGAUGAUGUCAUAAACCAACUGCUAGCCGCAAGAAUCGUCACACAGAACAAGGUGCACUGAGAGACGUCUCAUUGACUGAGAAGAACAGCCCUGCAGGAAAAGAAAAAUACUGCCUUCCUUCUCAUCUUAGUGGUGAUUAUGUUGUGAUUAAACUGAUGAAUGUUCAUCAGAAAGGAAACUGGAGGUAAAAAUAAUGACACAAAUGAUCAAUAAUGUGCAGACACUUUAUUCACAUCCAGACUUGAAUGCAUACUGUGUGUUCAGGGUAAUGGAAGCAAGUAAACUAGUCAGGCAAUGCCUGUUCCAUAUUUCACCCCAAAAUCAAAAGGUAAACAAAUUGUGUAAUAUUAUUGUAUAAAUGCAUUUGUUUAAAAUGAAGCCUAUUUUUAGGACCAUUAUGAUUUUCUUUUUACAGUACCAUUCAAUUCUCAGCAGUACCAUAAUAAUAAUAAUAAUAAUAAUAAAAGUAUAGCCUGACCAAUAUGGGUUUUUUGAGGGCCAAUGCCGAAGAUAUGUAGUGUAGGCAGGGUAUUUAACAAUUUAGCAAUGAAGGACGAAAUCAAGUCCCGCCCUCUCAUUUCAGAUGCUGUUUCACUCGGAUAGACGUCACAGUAGAGAAAAAAAGACAAUCACUACUUCACUACUACUUAUUGGUGGCAUAUCGGUGACAGGCUCAUAUCGGCCAAUAAAAAUGCCAAAACAAUAUAUUGGUCAGGCUCUAAAUAAAAGUACUGCACAGCAUAUAUCAUGGUAAUUACUUGUAGUACAGGAAAAAAAUGUCACAAUUCAAAUAUCUUGUUUAAAAUAUAGUUUUAUGAAUAUUGUUCUAUAAUUAGCAAAUAUUUAUUUUAUUUCAUUUUAUUUUAUUAAUUUUGAUUCAAACUUGUAUUUGUUAGAUUCACCCCUGCUGCUAUAAUGACAAAUUAAUUAAUAAUUAAUGAAAUAAUUAAUUCACAGUCAUUUCAUAUGAUUUGAACUGGCACCUGUUUUGUAGAAUGGCCCAAGUUGUACAUGUCAUAAUAAAUAUGACUGACAUGUUUACUUAUGUUUGUAAAUA